GAUGCAUGCAAGCCCGUUGAAUAUCUCUGUGUUCGUAUAGGGUGAGGUAUCUCGAAGAUUCUAGGAGCCUGCCUGGAACCUGACUUCAGGUACUUUUGACGUUGAGUAGUUUUCAGUACUUCCAGCCGACAUUCUGGCAGACUGUCUCUCUCUGGAUCUCCUACUAUUGUUGGCUACAUAUGAUGGCGUUAGAUAUCUUGCAGGUAACUACUGCAGUGCUACGCCGUUACGUUGCUCAGUGAUGGGACUAGCACGACUCGGAGAAUUCUGCCAAUGCAAUACAUACGUUCUGUGCUUGUGCAAUGGGGAACCGCGUUUCUAACCGAACUUGCUCGUGGAUGUCUUAUUAAUGUUACUGUACUCGCUGGAGAACUCUGCCAUGUCCAGGUAAUCGACGGGCAAUCGAAGUCAAUCAGUGAGGUAAGGUACCUAGUACAGUAUGUUCAACGGAUGAAUGGAAAUGGAAUGUUUCUAGUCAUUCUAGCCCUCCUCUCCACCACUAAAAUCCAACGGUGUAGACAGCUGAGGCGCCCAAAUCCCAGCCCAGGGCUGCUGGAAAGGCCUACCGAAUACUGGAGCAGCCCACUUAUUUACCGUACCGAUGGAAGCCCCAAUUGCUUCCAUUCUUCGAACGGCAGUCGGCUCCUAAUCUGUCCAAUCUGGCUUAGCUUAAUAGUUCAUUCAACAUUAAACCGACCCACCAAGAUCAAAAGAGCACGAUGCAAGCCUCGAGAUUGCUGGGUUUGCUGCAGGAUCAUGAGUUUUUAUCUUAAUCUCCUCCUUGCUUUUUCUCUUUUUUUCCCGUACCCACCCCUAAAUCCCGAAGCUUUCUCGAAAUCAUCUGGCGGCACAGCCCAUCAUUGUUCCGAGUCAUACGUUUUUCCUGCCCUAUUCGAAAAUCCGAUCCGGCCUGUUCCCCGUGUCAUGAUGUAUUUUCCGCGACACCAGGACCUCGCUCCACCUACAAUCCAGUGGUGUCUUUUAUAGCCGCCAACGUGCAAGCAUUGCCUGUUCGUGGGCCUAUUUGAUCGCCUACUGUGUCUGUAUCACCUGUCUUCAAUGUAUAAAGGCCCUAAAUACAGCGAAUGGGAUAGCAAUUUGUCCCUAUGUUUGAUAGAAGACCAGCAUGAUGACUCCUUGGUGAACAUC